CCGUCUUUACAAGCCUAUAUAUGGAAGCUGAACAUUAUGAUACAACGGACUUUUUCUCUUUAAGUGAUACCAGUUCGCCAUUUGACGUAAUAUUGCUUCUUCAUAAACCUCAUUAAAAAUGUUAAAAUUCUGGUAUUUGAUUGCUUUCUGGACAAUCGUUUCAACGGUAAUUGCUAUACACCGUGACGCCUUAUCCGAGCAUGAAGCUAUUCCUUCUUUAUCCAAGUACCAUCAUCAUGCGAAACAUCGUCAUUCUUCACAUGGAAGUCAUUCUUCACGCGGUCAUCGUUAUCCUCAUGGAUUAGAAAAGCUCUUCGAAGGAAAAAAAAAAGAAGAAAAAACUGUCUGUCAAAGCGAGGAAUGCAAACUAAUCGCUCGAAUAAUAAAGGAUAAUAUAAAUAAAUCGGUUGAUCCGUGCGAAGAUUUUUAUCAAUACGCGUGUGGUAAGUUUGGGGAAAAUAAUCCGAUUCCACCUGGCGAAAACAGUUGGAGUUUCAUUCAGGUGGUGACAAAUAAUCUUAAACGUCAAGUGGAAGAAAUUCUAGAAUCAGAGUCAACCACGGAAGAUUUGUUGACAGUUAAAUUGGGAAAAAAAUAUUUCCGUACUUGUACAGAUCACAAGAACAGAGAACGAAUGGGUCUUGAGCCUUUAGUCACAACUAUGGCAAGAAUUGGUGGUUGGCCGAUGAUAAUGGAACCCGAAGAAUGGGACGAAACCGAACAUAGCUGGCAAAAAGUUGAUGAUUAUUAUGCUAUUCUAACAGGACAUAAUUCACUUUAUAGUAUUGAAGUUUAUGCUUCGCCCUUUGAAAACGACACUUAUACAUUAAUGACAUCACCGCGAAUGCCUCUAGGUUCGAGAACAUGGCAAAUGAAUGAUAAAGGAUCGAGCGAGGAGGAUGAUGAAGACAAUAAAUAUGAGAACAAAGAGGAAAUUGAAGAUUACGAAGAUACUAAAAGCAAUGAGGAUAAAGACAAAGGAAAAAAUUUUAAUGACGAAGAUAGCGAUAGCCAACAACAGGAUAGCCAAGAGAAAGGCAGUAAAGAUGCAGAUUCUGAAGAAUUAAAGAACUCAAAAGAAAAUCGUAAUAUGACAGAAGAGUAUGUUAAUUUGAUUACCGAGAUAGCGAUGGCCGUUGCCAAAACUCGAGGAUUUGAAAUUCCCGAAAAUCGUAUUAAGGCAGAUGUUAAUGACGUUGUAAUAUUUCAGCAAAAGAUAAUGGAGAUCAUUGAUAAUUCCACGAACUAUGAUGAUGAUAUAUCUCUUGGUGAAUUUCAAGAGCUAUAUGAUAAUGCGAGUAUUACUACAGAAACUUCUAAGAUUAAUUUUAUCAGUAAAAUACUAACUUUGUUUGAUGCUGCUAAUAUUAAAAUCGAUGAAGAUUUUCGAUUCAGUGCGAUACUCACAGAUUUCUUUACAGCUCUUAAUUCUUUACUCAAUGAGACACCGGAUCGUGUUAUUAUUAACUACAUUCAUUGGCUUUACAUUAGUCACAUCAUGGACGCUACAACCGAAAAAAUGGAAAUGUUACAUAAUCUUAUAAAAACGGGCAAACAGUCUGAUAAGGAAAUAUUAUCAAAAGAGAAUCGAACUAAAAAAUGUAUAUCGGAAGUAGUAGAAAUGGAUGUCACAGCAUAUGCGUUUGUUAAGAAAUAUUUUCCUGAUGAAAUCAAAAACACGGCAGAAGAAAUGAUCGCAUACAUACAGAAAGAAGUUGAACGUGAAAUUUCUGAAUCAAAAUGGUUAGAUGAUGAUAUUCGUGAAUUUGCUACAGAGAAAGUUCAGAAUAUGAAAAAAAUGGUCGGAUAUCCAUCUUGGUAUUCAAAUACUACGAUAAUGAAAAAUUAUUAUAAGGGACUCGUAAUUGGUCCUUCCUAUUUUGAAAAUAGAAUGAGUUAUAGCAGAUAUAACAAAUGGAAAGAUUUGCGUACUUUAAAAAUGGACUCGAAAUAUGAAUCAAUAGAAGACUACAUUACGCCUCUUAUGUUGAACGCUUUAUAUGCACCAUUUGAUAAUAUGAUGUUUGUAACAGCUGCAGAUUUCCAAAAUCCAUUUUUUGCUAUGUCAAGACCACAUAUAAUAAAUUAUGGUAUUAUUGGAGCUAUUAUGGGUCAUGAAGUUACUCAUGGAUUCGACGAUGACGGACGACUUUACAACAAAAAUGGCAAACAAAUCCAAUGGUUAGACACAAUGGUUUCGGCUUAUAACAAAAGAGUCGAAUGCUUCGUCGAUCAAUAUGAUAGUCUGGUACAAGAAGAAAUACUGAAAGAGAGUGAAGAAUCUACACCGAGUUAUGGUAAUAGAACCAGAAACGAAAAUAUAGCCGACACGAUGGGUCUCGAAGCAUCCUUAGGUGCAUAUCGUAUAUAUGAAAAAGAAAACAAGGGCAAGUCAUCGGAAGUUUUACCAGGGUUGGAAAAUUUAAGCAUGGAACAACUUUUCUUUUUGUCUUACGCUAAUACCUACUGCGAAGUAGUUAGUCCAGAAAGGCUGAAGAAAUAUAAGUGGGAUCAACACAGUACAGGACAAUUACGAGUGCUCGGGCCUAUCUCAAAUUCAGAGAGCUUUGCCAAGUCUUUCAAUUGCCCGGUCGGAAGCCGAAUGAACCCGAAAAGAAAGUGCAACAUUUGGAAGUAACUGGAAAUGGAAGAUGAUAUUUUCCUUGGCUAUCCUUUCGAUCUACCUUAUUUGAUUUAAUCUUGAGAUCAUGAGUUUUUUGUGAAAGAAAUAAAUAAGAUACAAAAAUGA